AUGCCUCGCGCUGAGCCCAGCUCCACUGGUCGCGUUCGCGGCAAGUAUGUCGCGCGCGCCUGCAAUCACUGCCGUCAAAGAAAAACCAAAUGCGACGGCGAGCAGCCUACUUGCGGCACCUGCCGCCAGCAAGGGCACGAGUGCCUUUGGGGAACCGAAAACGCCAAGAAGCCGCACAACAAGCAGUACGUCGAUGGACUGCGUACGGUGAAGCAAGCGCUCGAGCAGAGAAACCGAGACUUGGAAAACGAGAACCGCCGCCUUCGGGCCGCACUUGGCCUACCUUCUCCCGUGGACGAACGCCAAGAUGACGGCGGGCUCGUGGAGGCUGCAGAGCAAGUUUUGGACGGACCUUCACCGGGGUCGAGCUCGAACCAGUCAUACAAGGAAGAGGAGGUCGACGACGACGACGAUAUCGCAGCCAUCGCGGCUCCGUUACAUCAUCUUCAUCUUCAAGACGGUAACCUUCAGCUCCUGGGCCCAACCUCGGUUCUGCGUUUAGGUUCCGAGGAGCCUGCGCCGACCCCGCAUAGUCAUCACAUACAAGAUAAUGCCGACCAAUAUGCGUAUGCCCUCGGUCAACAUAACGCGACGGUUGACUGGCAGCGUUAUCUCCCUUCAGAAGUGCAACUCACUCAACAGGAGCACGACCUCGUCCUCACGCGCUUCUUCAAGUUCUUCUCUUCCUGGCAUCAUCGCGUGAACGAGCGUCUGUUCUUGCGCGACAUGUACCGCGUCCUGCAUCGGCCGCCGUUGCAUCCGCCUCCCAAACUCUCGCACUAUUCGCCCAUGCUGCACAACGCUAUCAUGUCCGUGGCCGCAGCAUUCGCGGACGAUAAGCGCGUGAACAAUGCUGCAGCACGACAGGCCUUUGCGGACAAAGCUCGCGAAUCACUCGAGGCCGAGUGUGACCGGCCGACGCUGAGUGCGGUCAUUGCUCUAUCCGUGCUCGCGAAUUACCAUUCGUCCCGCAAGAGCCCAUCACUGGGAUACAUGUAUUUUGGUAUCAGUGCCCGAAUCUCGCAAGCGCUCGGAUUCGGUGUCGACUGCACCCCAUGGGUAGCACAGGGACUGAUAUCACCGGAGAGCGUGAGGGACCGCAAUUGGGGGUUCUGGGCGACGUUUUGCCAGGAUACUACAUGGUGUCUGUACGUUGGCCGUGACCACAGCGUGUCCUCGCUGCAGAGCGUGAAGAAUGUGCCGCUGCCUUUCGAAGACCACUCGAAUCUCGGCCGAACGUUCUACUACACGUGCACCCUCUUGAUGAUCGCGCGAGAGAUCAUCCAGAUUGUCAACAACUACCAUAGCCUCGGUAUCAGACAGGAUGAUACCCUUAAGAUUGCUCAAAUAGACUUCAAGCUCGGGCAAUGGCUGGAGGAGCUGCCUUUGGACAUCAACGUCACGAAGGCCAACAUCAACACCGCGGAGCCGCACCAGCUCAUGCUCAUGAUGACCUAUCACUGGCUCAUAGUUGUCCUCCACCGGCCGUUUUACCGCAAGAAGGCGCGCGACGACCAGCACGCUAAUGAAGUGGACCAUGUUAAGCGCUGCAAUAGGGCCGCCACCGACAUCAUGGAGUUCGCCGACUCCUGGCGCGCACGCUUCACCGUUCGUUAUGUACCCAUCACCUUCAUUCAAGUCGUCUCAGCGGCCGGCACCGUAUUCGUUCUCGAUGCUCUCCAAGCAACAGCUGGUCCACGUCUUGCAACUCAGCGCUUGAAGGACGCGACGGACAAGACCAAGAAGGCGAUCGGGUAUAUGUCCGAGGUCGGCGAGACGUUUGCGAGCGCGGCCGGCAUGGCGCAGAUUCUGAAGGGAUUGCUCGACCACCAGGUUCAGGCUCGGCUUAUGAGACGUGGCGCGGAGACUGCGAGGAUCACCACGAACGGCGAGCAUGCGCCGUCUGCGUCUUCGACUACACCAGAGGCCGGUCCGUCUUACCAACAGGGCCACCAGGCGAACGGUCAUACCAAUGGCCAUACGAACCGUGACGGAGCCGACCUCGCGCCGCUCUUCGUCCCCUCGCAUGGUCCCGCCAAUGGUCCCUCUUCGUCCUCGACGGACCUCAGUUCUCCGUGGACGCAGAUAUCGAACUCGGACGCUCCGCAGACCCAGUACGCCAACCAGCCGAUGGGUGUUCCGAAUAUGUUUGGGCCCGCGCCACCCAUGUUCGUCCCGUCUCAGUUCGAGUUUGGCGGGGCAUACGUUGGUGGAGCCGAACAGGCCGCCGGACCUGGAUACCAGCAGUUUGGUAUCGGGGACUGGUACUCCGACAGCGCACAUAUUCCUUUUGGGCCGGCGCAUGCUGGGUACAACGGUGCGCAGAACGGGGGAGGCGGCGAGAACGGGUAUGCUCAGGGUCAGUCGGAGGGGAUGGGCCCGCAACAGAUGGGCAUGGGCAUGAACAUGCCAAUGGGAGACAUGGGGAUGGGAUUCGCGCAGCCGGGCGUGCAGAUGCAAAUGCAGCAGCCCUUGCCAGACGAGUACAUUCACCAGGCAAUCACGUAUAUGUGA